UUUUUUCUUGCGUGUAAAAUAGUGUUGGUGGCUAUUUGUAGGUAUUCUGCUGAUAGAUUAAACAAGGUGGCAUUAUUCAGUGUAGAAAAGCAAGGUGUUAACUUUCUGAUUACUUGGGUGCAGAUGGUUUUUUUUUUGUCAUUGUUGUAGGUUUUUUGAUUAAAGAAGACCAAAUAUUAUAAUUCCCAUUCGGGCAUUGAAACAAGAUUCUGAAAACGGCAGGCCCAUUCAUGCAAAUGCAAGUAUGCACAAUCCAAUGAAUUUCUUGAAAGGCGGGGAGUAUGACAAGCAGGUUCUGAAGUCAACUAUGCGCUGACGUUACGCUCAACCGAGCUGUCCUUAUUUUGCACCAGUGCCACGGAAGUACCAGGACGUUUGCGGAGCUACUGUUGUGAAUCUAACAGACUUUGAGAACAUCAAAAGGCAUUUCUGAAGAUGAAUGCCUCUAAGCUGUGGACUACUCAUUGAGCUAUUGAAAAUUACUACAUUGUAGCGUCUGCGAUGGACAUUACAGCGAUCUAAAAGUUGACGAUUCUCAGAUUCUCCAGCGUCGAUGUGAUAUGAUUGUAAAAUGCCAGAGACAGUUGUUCUUCGAAGUUUGUGUGUAUGCGUAAAUCAACACAAAUCUUAGCAUCGCGAGGUACUCCUACAGUUUGGAUAAAGGAAAAAUCUUUUUAGAAACAAAACCUUUUACAAAUGGAUCGGCAUUUUAAUAUCGUUUCCAUGUGGUUACAACUGGAACUUUGUGCGAUGGCUGUUCUUCUGACGAAAGGAGAAAUAAGGUGCUACUGUGAUGCUCCACACUGUGUGGCCACUGGCUACAUGUGCAAGUCAGAGGUGAACGCCUGCUUUACGCGGAGUCUGGACCCGAGCAGCCCUCGCUCCCUGCUCUCUCACGGCUGCAGCAAUCCCCUGCCGAACUCGGAUGACGCGUGUCGCUCAGACGCGGCCUCGGACACAUCUGGCCGGGGUUCCUCCACACUAGAGUGCUGUCAUGAGGACAUGUGCAAUUACAGAGGCCUUCAAGACCUGGCCUACGGCAGGAGAGAAACUUUAGACCGGCGGGACCGGAACCAGCAGACGGAAGGUGGAGGCCGUCAUAUAGUAGCACGCGUCCAGGAGGUGCCUUCCAGCCGGGAGGUGUGGUUCCGGGCAGCGGUGAUCGCCGUGCCCAUUGCCGGCGGUCUCAUCCUGGUUCUGCUUAUAGUGCUGGCGCUCCGCAUGCUGCGCAGCGAGAGCCGGCGCCUGCGGCAGCAGCGGCAUGAGAUGCUGUCGCGCCUGCACUACAGCUUCCAUGGCCACCAGCUCAAGAAGGGCCACGUGGCCAAGCUGGACCUGGAGUGCAUGGUGCCCGUCACGGGCCACGAGAACUGCUGCCUGACCUGCGACAAGAUGAGGCAGUCGUCGGAGCUGGCUGGCGAGCGAUUACUCUCGCUGGUGCACUGGGGGAAAUACGGAGGCCGGGGCAAGAUGGAGUUUGUGUGACCUCUUUUGUUUUUCUUUUUAAAAAAAAAAAAAAAAAAAACAGCUGGACCGAGAUGGGGCUUGUCUACAUCUGUGACUGUUUUAGGUUCUCUGAAAAAGAGACAACUAAAAAAAGGACAACAAAAACUUUGAACUUCCGGAAAUUUUAACCAUACGGUUAAGGCUUUUUAGAGGCACUUUAUACUUGAAAACAGAAGCUGGAUCUGGAGGAGCCUGAGCUGUGGCUCAUAAGCAUAGAAGUCAACUGUACAGUAGCUGAAUCUUCCUCUGUAAUCACUGAAGGAUUCCCAAAUUACAGUUGUAAAAAGUUGCACUUUUGUAAAAAGAAAACUGGGUUGUUUUGCUUUAAGAAAAUGACACUGACUGACUGCAGGGCACAAGAAAACUCCAGUUCCAUGACAGAGGAAAUGUGUUGCUUCUAUGUGUGCAUCCACUCCUGUGUAAUAUCUUCAAGUUGAUCUUUGUGUAAAGAUUUCUGUAUGUGUUUGUAUAUAUACAUAUAUAAUAAGUCUGAGACGA